CGAAUGCCCUCCCUCGCACACUCCACGAGAACCCUGCCUCUCUUUCAUCACCUUUCUCCGCUCCUCUGUUCUUAGUUUUGGAUCCGUGGGGAGAGCGAGCUCAAGUGGACGACAACCGAGACUAUUUCCGGAGGCCUAGAUCUCUCCGGCAAAACUCCGGGAAACGCGUUGGAAUUGGAUCCUCGAGAUCACUUCGUUUCCGGUGGUGGGGACUGCCAUGGCGUCUUCUGGCAGGAGCUUUGGUUUGCGAGGCGGCGGAAUGGGGUUGAAGGCCUUUAAGCUCACUGCGGAGGAGAGCAUCAGCGAUGAGAUGGCUCUUAGAAAGGCGGAAGAAGCUGCUUCAAGGAGGUUCGAAGCGGCACGAUGGCUGAGGCAAAUGGAUCGGGGUGCCUCGGAAAGCCUGCCGACAGAGCCGUCGGAGGAGGAGUUCUGCCUCGCAUUGCGCAAUGGCCUGAUCCUCUGUAACGUCCUCAACAGAGUCAAUGCUGGCGCCGUUCCAAAGGUUGUAGAGAAUCCUGUUAUCACUGUUGAAUCUACUGAUGGAGCAGCUCAAUCAGCAAUUCAGUAUUUUGAGAACAUGAGGAAUUUCCUUGUUGCAGUUGGUGAAAUGAAGCUUUUGACAUUUGAAGCAUCGGAUCUAGAAAAGGGAGGAUCAUCAAUUAAGGUUGUCGAUUGUAUCCUUUGUCUCAAAGGGUACCAUAAGUGGAAACUAGCUGGUGGAAUAGGGGUCUGGAGGUAUGGUGGGCUUGUAAAGAUUACAUCAUCAAGCAAGGGUUCUCCUUCCUCUUUGCUCGAUGGUACUUCUGCUGAAUUAUAUGAUGCUUCAACUUUGCCACAAAACCAACAGCUACUGGAAAUACUUGAUUUAGUUGCUGAGGUUUCCCUCGAAGAGUCCAAUGCAGCUAAUUCUCUCAGUCUCCUCUUUGAUCAGUUUGGGCUUAGACUUCUACAGGCUUUUCUUUCACAAUACACUGAGGCAGAGGACAUACCUUUGAAUGAAACGCUCAUUGAUUGGGUGCUUGAGCAAGCUGUUAAAGAGUUUUAUAUGCUGCUUGUGUCUCGAAGAAAUCAGCUAGGGUUGCUUUUGAAGAGAACGCUGAAGGACUGCAGCAAAACUAUAUCAAAGCCAGAGUUAGUUGAGACUGUUCUUAAAGAAAAUAGUUGUCUCUUGUCUUCAUUCUCAAAGUUUUGUUUCUGUGGUGGUCGUGCAAAUGCUGACAAAGAGGAAAGGCUUGCAUAUCAGCAGAAGGAACUAGAGAAGUUGAAAUUCUCCUUGUAUGAAAUGAAAGUUAAAGUUGAAUGCAGUCGGACAAAAUGGGAAGAGGAUCUUAAGAAGCUUGAACACCAUAUACAAUGCCUCCAAGUGAACACUUCUUCCUACUAUAAAUUGCUUGAGGAAAAUCGUAUGCUUCACAAUCAGGUGCAAGAUCUUAAAGGUAACAUUCGGGUAUACUGUCGAGUGAGGCCUUUCUUAUCAAAUCAAUGUGAUGGAAAAUCUACUAUUGAUCAUAUUGGAGAAAAUGGAAGUAUAAUGAUUGUGAACCCUCAAAAGCAAGGGAAGGAUGCAAGGAAGAUAUUUUCAUUCAACAAAGUAUUUGGAGCUAAUGCCAUGCAAAUUGAAGUGUUUGCUGAUACCCAACCUUUGAUCAGAUCUGUAAUGGAUGGUUACAACGUCUGUAUCUUUGCAUAUGGACAAACAGGCUCUGGGAAGACAUAUACAAUGAGUGGUCCAGACAUGACAACAGAGGAAACGUGGGGUGUGAACUAUCGAGCACUUAAUGAUCUAUUCUGCAUAUCAAGAUCAAGGGCUGAUAUCAUCUCAUAUGAUGUGAGUAUCCAGAUGAUUGAGAUAUACAAUGAACAAGUGAGGGAUCUUUUGGUGGCUCAUGGUUCUAACAGAAGAUUAGAGAUACGAAACAAUUCUCAAUUAAAUGGACUCAACAUACCUGACGCAAGCUUGGUUCCUGUUAAAUGUACUCAAGAUGUUCUGGAAUUAAUGAAAAUUGGCCAGGGAAAUCGUGCAGUUGGCGCUACUGCACUAAAUGAACGCAGCAGCCGGUCUCACAGUGUGUUGACAGUUCAUGUUCAAGGCAGAGAAUUAGAGACUGAUUCUAUCCUAAGAGGCUGCCUUCAUCUGGUAGAUCUUGCAGGAAGUGAAAGGGUGGAUAAGUCUGAAGCUACUGGAGAAAGAUUAAGGGAAGCUCAGCACAUAAAUAGAUCACUUUCUGCACUAGGAGAUGUUAUCUCUGCACUUGCGCAGAAAAGUUCCCACAUUCCCUAUAGAAAUAGCAAACUUACGCAAGUACUGCAAGAUGCUCUAGGUGGGCAGGCUAAGACUUUGAUGUUUGUACAUGUAAAUCCAGAAGUUAAUGCUUUUGGAGAAACAAUUAGCUCACUUAAGUUUGCAGAGCGUGUUGCCUCUGUAGAGCUUGGGGCAGCUCGUGCUAAUAAGGAAGCUGGUGAAGUUAGAGAACUUAAAGAGGAGAUCUCUAAACUGAAAUCAGCAUUAGAAAGUAAAGAAUCUGAAAUGGCACAACUGAAAGAUUACUGCCAGAUCGCUUUGGAGGAGCAAAAUUCAAAAGUAAGAUCACCUUAUACUAACAGCAGCAACUCAAAACUUGAAGGCACUCAACAACAAACAGGCAAUGUUAGAAUGACGGAGUUCAGAAGCUGUUCAUCAGGAAAGAAGAGAAGGCCCCGUUGUUCCUCUGCAUUGUUCAAUAAAGAACUUGAUGCACAAUCACCUUGUAAUGCUGAAUUGAGCUACCGCAGCUCCGUUAUGCUGAGGUCCCCAUCUCCUCCACUAAGAAGAUCAUUAUCCACUGACCGUGCUGCCAUCAUUAAGAGCAAGCCUAAGAUUGUAAGCAUCGAUGAUAGGCCCGUAUCAAGAUUGCAGUUUCCAGAUAAAUCAUCCAUUAACAGACCUAGUGCCACAAAAUCAUCAGCAGCAGCAAAUAGGAGUUUGGGCGGAUGUUGGAACCCUCAAGAGAUUAGCAAUUUAAGGACAGCCUUCGCUGAACAUGAAGAAAAGCAACUCAAGUCAGCACUUGGUGUCAGACAAGGUGGCAUCAGGAAGAAUAUGGCAGAGAGUAGGAUCAAGUCAAAGCAUCAGCAACCAUUUGGGUCUCAAAGGUUCGACUUUGAUAGUAAAGGGAGGGUAGAGUCACAUAAGAAGAGCAAUUUUUAUGAAACAGAAAAUGAGUGUAGCCUUAUCGAAUCUCCUGUACAUGGUAGUCCUCGGGCAAAGCAGCUAAAGCAUCACACGACAAGAAUCUCCCAAAAUGUUGAACCUAGGGCCUUCGUUCAGGCGGUGACGCCGCUGUCAAGCGGAAGGCAUGAGAACAAGACUCAAAAUGGUGCAGUUCACAAUGGAAAGGAAAGCACAGACACUACUGAACCUCACUUCAGACGUAGCAGAUCAUUGCCUCGUGGAAAAUUUACAGAGUCUUGAGAUUUCAACCUUCCACCAUAUUUACAUUUAGUGCGUGGGAUGGUCAAUACUUUUGAUGAUUAAUUAUGUAUUCAAGUUGUAUUAAUUGAACAAUUGCAUUAUUCUUUGAAUACACUGAAAUUAGUAUGCUAGCUAUAGGCGGUCUGUUUAGUAGUUAACAAUAAGCAUAAGCCAUUUGGGUGCAGGUGUUUGAUUCA